UGGGAGCAGCGGAACAAGGAAGGGGGACAUGAAUGGGGGGACAAACGGAAGGGUUGCCCCUACAGCAAAGCCAACAGGGAGGGGAUCCGCCUCGAUCAGGGGAAGGAGGGGGAAACACGGGGAGGCAUGAGGCUAGAGGGAGGGGGAUGACAGGACAGCCGAGGGAAACCCAAGAGGAGGAACAAGAGGGGAAAGAGGAUAAACAAAGGAGAAAACAGGACGUGGCGAUAGAACACGAGUGGCAGGGACUGGACAGGAUGGAUGCACAAGGGGAGGAAAGAAGGGGGUCCGCGGAAGAAAUCGUGGAAACGCAAGAGGAGACCCGGAUGGAGAGAGAAAAUAAGGAAGAAAGGGAACAAGGGACGACGAUGGGUCGGGAGGAGACGGGGCUGCAGAAUGCUGAACCGCAAGGGGAAGGAGCACAAAGGCGAUCGAUACUAUCGACGCAAGAGGGGGAACGACAAGAACUGGAGAAACAGGAAGGAAGGGGGAAGGAGAAGGAAACUAUGGAGGUUGGACAACCUUCGCAGGUGCCAAUGGCACUUUGCGCUGUGAAAACUGCGAAUGGGGAGGAGUGGGUUGUCGUGAUAGAGGCCUUGGCUGCAACGGCGGUGGGAGCACGCGCGUGGCGAUUGGAGCGUGGAGGCGAACGGGGAGGGGGGCGUGGGGUGCUGCAGGGGGGGGGACAGGGAAAGGGAGACGGGGACCGGGAUGGAGCGAGGGAUUUGGAAGCUUUGGUGAGACAUGGUGGGCAGGUGCGGGCGGGUGGGGGAAUCGUGAGGCGACAAGGUGUUGACGACGAACGACAGGGGGAGAAUGCGGAGGAGGGGGUAGGGACUGGGGAAGAGGGUGUGGGGAAGCCGGGGAACGGUGCGAGGGAAUCAAGGAUUGAGAAACGACAGGGCCAUGGGAAGGCGAGACAAGUAGAAAAGACUGGUGAUAUCGCUGGGAGAAAAGAGGUUAGAGAAGCGGCGACGCAAACAGGAGUCAGAGCUUCCGCCUAUAGUUGGGGAUUGCGGGGGGGGGAAUUGACUGAUACGGACGACGAGAGGAGUGAGGUCGAAGAAAGGAGGGAACGAAGCGCGGGAAAGACUCAACUAAAGGCGAUUUUGAUGAACCCUGGCCCCCGGCCGGUGAGAAGUGAGGAAGGAUCGGUUGAGGGAGGGAUGGAGGGACGACAAGGAGGGAGGGAGGAGGGUGCACAAGGACCCUCGGCCCAAGAGUUGAGACAAGGAGAAGAGGAGAGGGAGGAGGCCGCACAAGGAACCCCGCUGCGACAAAUGCAAGAACUGAGAUGCCCUCACCGUCUGCAGACAAAUGAGUCGGACCUCCCCACGGGUAGAGUUAGGCUCAGUUCACCUGAACCUCAACACCGGGUGGAAGGAGAGGACAGAGAAGAGCAACCGACAGACAGAACGACUGCCAAAAAUAGAGAUGGAAGGGAAGAAAUGCGGACAAACAUUAGAACAAGAAUGUCCCUAUUGGACAGGGCUUUCAACGAUCUGCGUCGGGAGGAUCGUCUGCGAGUGGUGCCGCUGAUAUUCAAACGUGAUUUGGGGGGACUUGAUAUUCUGGUGACAGGACAGGAAGCGGCUGAAUUUGAAGUCCGCUUCGCAAUGGCAACCUUUGAGGAACAUCCCUCGCAGCAACGAGUUGUCGCCGUCGCGAAGCAAUGGGUGGGAAACAACUAUGCGGUGACGUCGGCGAUUCGUUUUUUGGAACGGGCGGAGGACGGUGAGAUGAUGGGGCUUAAUUGCUUCAUGCUUCGGGCAGAAUUCAUAGUUGAUGCCCGUAGACUGUCGCUGGUCGCACAAUUUCUAUGGCAGGACUUUGCCCAGGUGCUUGAUUGCGCCAUGCUGACGAAUGGCCGGGCCACAGCGGACAUAAUGGUUGUGCACAUCCUCAGAGGGAUUGAUCAACGUCUGCCAGAUGAUAAAAAGUUCACGCAAGGAGAGUUCUGGGAGCGGGGUCUGGACUGGCCAGCGGCUAGGAUGAUACCUGUGUCGCUGUCGGACCAUAAACUGCCGCUAACGGAGCUGGCAAUGCCAGCGACGGUGGAAACAGCACCCCCGCCUGCAUCGGUGCCUCAUUGGGUGUUUCAGGACCCCCUCCAUGUUAGGCUGGCAAAGCAACACUGGGACUGUUGGGAAAAAAACAGACAACAAGAAGUCGAGGUGUCGCAGCAUUUCCAGCAGGGAAUGCAGGAGAUCGGUCGUAUAAUGAGGCUCCGGGCGAGGGCAACAAGACAGGCGCACUUGCGAACAGGGGAGGAAUACGUAAGAAGAAUGGAAGAAUUGGGUCCCCCCGAAGGAGGAGGAGGAGGACGAAUGGUGGGCACAGUGGACGAUUCUGAAAACACGGUGGGCGGAGUGGCAGCAGAUGGAAGCAAGGAACUGGGGGAUGGCAAGUAAAGUGAGAUGGCUGCAGAUGGGGGAAAGAAUGACGGCGGCCUUUUUUGCCCAAGUGCAGACGACGAUUAUAAACACCCUGCGA